GGCGGCUGGAGCCGAGGAGCCAAGUUCCCGGCGCCAGGCAGAGUUUCUGCGUCCCUCUCCCCAGCCGGUUCCCGGCUGCGGAUUCCUUCUGGAGCUGCUCCCGUACGAGGCAGGAUCUUCUGCUGUGAAGACAUUAUCCAAGGGCCAGCAAUUCUGGCCCUCAAGGCCUGGAAAGAGACAACUGUUGGAUUGUGGAGGUGUGUCUUGUCCAGCUCGGUUUCCUCUUGGCCCUUGGAACCUAAGGCAGACCUGGGGUGGACUUGGCCCCUUCCUGCAGACCCAUGGCUCACUGGCGACAAAUACGACUGUUGACGUGGGACGUGAAGGACACACUGCUCAGGCUGCACCGUUCUGUAGGGGAGGAGUAUGCCUCCAGGGCCCAGGCCCAUGGGCUGGAGGUAGAGGCCACAGCCCUGGAACAAGCCUUCAGGCAGGUGUUCAAGGCUCACAGCCACCGCUUCCCCAACUAUGGCCUGAGCCACGGCCUCACCUCCCGCCAGUGGUGGCAGGAUGUGGUCCUGCAGACCUUCCACCAAGCAGGUGUUCGGGAUGCCCAGGCUGUGGCCCCCGUUGCUGACCAGCUGUACAAGGACUUAAGCAGCCCCUGCUCCUGGAAGGUGCUGGAGGGAGCUGAGGCCACGCUGAGGAAAUGCCGAAAACGAGGUCUGAGGCUGGCAGUGGUCUCCAACUUUGACCAACGACUAGAGGGCAUCUUGGUGGGUCUUAGUCUGCGGGAAUAUUUCGACUUUGUGCUGACCUCCGGGGCUACUGGCUGGCAGAAGCCGGACCCCCACAUUUUCCGUGAGGCCUUGCGGCUUGCUCAUGUAGAACCUGAAGUGGCAGUCCAUAUUGGCGACAGUUACCACUGUGAUUACAAGGGGGCGCGGGCUGUAGGCAUGCACAGCUUUCUAGUGGUUGGCCCAGGGCCUUUGGACCCUGGGGUCAAAGAUUCUGUACCCCAAGAACAUAUCCUCCCCUCGCUGCCCCAUCUCCUGCCUGCCCUUGACCACCUGGAGGGCUCAUCCACAGGGCUGUGAGUCUGGUGAGGGAAGUGACUGGGCUCAGCAAUCACCGGAAACUGGGAGCCCUUUCCUUCCCGAGAUCUGGCCUUUCCCCCCUCCCUGCAGCCUCCAUAGUGCAUUCUGACUAUAAAGCAGCGAGUGCGAGGCUUUCAGCCCUGCCCCACUAACCAGUCCCUGGUCUCUGAGAUGGUUCAUUCAUCACACCUGUGUCCCUUUUCCAGCACAAGUCCCCUUUACUUUGAGCAAGAUUCACUGAGGGCCCAACCAGCUUUAAAACCAAGUGUUGAUUGGGUUCGGCAAAAAGUCCAUUACGUUUUUUUCAUAUGAAGGCUCUAGUACUUAGCUCUUUGUCAUUCAAAACAAUGUUGUUAGACUGUAUUGUGACAGCUGGCAUAUCAACAUGCAUUUAAAAAAUACUUAUCAAAAUCGGUGAAUUUUUGUGCAGCUAUUUUAAUAUUGAAAGUGGAAGAAAAUACACAUUUUUGGUAUAUUGUGCUUUAUUAUUUCAAGAAAGGUAAAAAUGCAACUGAAAUGCAAGAUUUGUGCAGUGUGUGGAGAAGGUGCUGUGACUGGAUGGGUCAAAAGUGGUUUGUGAAGUUUCUUGAUAUUAUUGACAUUUUUGGCCAAAUAAUUCUUUGCUGUGGGACUAUCUUAUGCAUUGGAAGAUGUUUAGCAGCACCCCUGGCCUCUACCCACUAGAAGCCAAUAGCAGGAGGUAGCCGACAUACUCAAAAUACCCAAAUCAAUAAAGUUAUUGGUGAAAAUGAAAAA